AUGACGCACCCGGGCCGGCGGAGAAGCAGCCACUUCCUAGAGCCGCCGGCCGGGGCCGCUCGCUGCACUCAGCGCCGGAGCCGGACCACGGCCGCCGCCAUGUCCCACCAGACCGGCAUCCAAGCUAGUGAAGAUGUUAAAGAUAUCUUUGCCAGAGCAAGAAAUGGAAAAUACAGACUUCUGAAAAUAUCUAUUGAAAAUGAGCAACUUGUGAUUGGUUCCUGUAGUCAACCUUCAGAUUCAUGGGAUAAGGAUUAUGAUUUCUUUGUUCUACCCCUGCUGGAAGAAAAACAACCAUGCUAUAUAUUAUUCAGGUUAGAUUCUCAGAAUGCCCAGGGAUAUGAGUGGAUAUUCAUUGCAUGGUCUCCAGAUCAUUCUCAUGUUCGUCAAAAAAUGUUGUAUGCAGCAACAAGAGCAACUUUGAAAAAGGAAUUUGGAGGUGGUCACAUUAAAGAUGAAGUAUUUGGAACAGUAAAGGAAGAUGUAUCACUACAUGGAUAUAAAAAAUAUUUGUUAUCACAAUCUUCCCCUGCCCCGUUGACUGCCGCUGAGGAAGAAUUACGACAGAUUAAAAUUAAUGAGGUACAAACUGAUGUGAGUGUGGACACUAAGCAUCAAACACUACAAGGAGUAGCAUUUCCUAUUUCUCAAGAAGCUUUUCAGGCUUUGGAAAAGUUGAGUAACAGACAGCUCAACUAUGUGCAGUUGGAAAUAGAUAUUAAAAAUGAAAUUAUAAUUUUGGCCAACACUACAAAUACAGAGCUAAAAGAUUUGCCAAAGAGGAUUCCCAAGGAUUCAGCACGCUAUCAUUUCUUUCUGUAUAAACAUUCCCAUGAGGGAGACUAUUUGGAGUCCAUAGUUUUUAUUUAUUCAAUGCCUGGAUACACAUGCAGUAUAAGAGAACGGAUGCUGUAUUCCAGCUGCAAGAGUCCUCUGCUAGAAAUCGUAGAACGAGAACUACAAAUGGAUGUAAUUAGAAAGAUCGAGAUAGAUAAUGGAGAUGAAUUGACUGCAGACUUCCUUUAUGAAGAAGUACAUCCCAAGCAGCAUGCACAUAAGCAAAGUUUUGCAAAACCAAAAGGUCCUGCAGGAAAAAGAGGAAUUCGAAGACUAAUUAGGGGUCCAGCUGAAACAGAAGCCUCUACUGAUUAA